AUGGGCUCCACUUCGCUACCGUACAUGGCGACCCAGCCUAAGCUCAUUUUCUUUACCGACUUCGACGGCACUAUUACUGUUGAAGACAGCAAUGAUUUCAUGAUCGACAAUCUUGGAUUUGGCGCAGACCGCCGGAAGCAGUUGAACGAAAAGGUUCUUGCUGAGACAUUGGGCUUCCGGGACGCUUUCUUUGAAAUGCUCAACAGUAUCAAGACCCCAUUCGAUGAGUGUAUCAACCAGCUGCUGCAGAACAUGAAGCUGGACCCCUAUUUCCUGGAAUUCUACUACUGGGCGAAGGAGAACAAUGUCCCUAUUGUCAUUCUCUCUGGUGGAAUGCGUCCAGUCAUCCUUGCCCUUCUCGAGAAAUUUCUGGGUCAUAAGCCCGAUAGCCAUCUGAGCAUCGUCUCCAACGAGGUCGUUAGCCGGGACGGCAAGGAUAUCAACAGCGAGGGAGGCUGGAAGAUCAAGUAUCACGAUGAGAGCUCUUUCGGCCACGACAAGUCUCUUGAAAUCAGACCCUAUGCUGCUCUGCCCGAAAACGAGCGCCCCAUUCUCUUGUACGCCGGCGAUGGUGUUUCCGACCUGUCAGCUGCAUCGGAGACCAACUUGCUUUUCGCCAAGCAUGGCAAAGACCUGGUGACUUUCUGUGACCGUCGAGGCAUUCCGUACACCACCUUCAAGGAUUGGUCCAGUAUCUUCGCAACCACUAAGGAUAUCCUUGCGGGCAAGGUGUCUCCUAGCGAAGUUGCCGCCCAAAAGACCGCAUAG